UUAACACCUUCAAAACAGCCUUAGAAAGAAUGCCAGGGGAAAAUUACAAAUUAGUAAUACACCCAGAUCGUACGCCAAGCGGGGAACAUGAAAGACGUUAUAAUGCACCCUUAAUAAACGAAGUCGCCGCCAUGGUGUGUGGUGAACAGUUCGCAUCGCGUGAUAUUGUUUUACAAACCCGUGACAAUACAUUGACCAGGGUGCCGGACACACACAAGUUUUAUGACGCAUUACAGUACCCGCUUAUGUUUAGCAAGGGGCAAGAGGGGUACCAUUUUCAAAUUCCACAAGUCAAUCCAGUGACCAAGCUCCCCUUGCCCAACAAAAAAGUAUCGAGCAUGGACUUUUAUGCCUAUCAUAUGAUGAUACGCGAAGACGAUUUUAACGUAAUACAACGAUGCAAACAGCUCGCUAACCAGUUUUAUGUUGAUAUGUACGUGAAGGUUGAAAGCGAAAGAUUGCGAUACAUAUCUUUAAAUCAAACAAAACUAAGAGCCGAAAAUUAUAUUCAUCUCCAAGAUGCUGUAUCGAAUGAUGCCAACGUGAACCCUAAUAAUAUAGGUAAAAUGGUGAUUCUGCCCUCUUCGUUUGUGAACAGUCCCCGAUACUUACACGAGUAUACUCAAGACGCAUUUGCCUAUGUGCGUACGUAUGGUCGACCUGAUUUAUUUGUAACCUUCACCUGCAAUCCAUCUUGGUCUGAAAUAGUUGACGAAUUAAUGCCAGGUCAAAGCGCCAACGAUAGGCACGAUGUCAUUGCCAGUGUUUAGGUUAAAAGUUAAAAAGCUUAUGACUGUAAUUACUAAAGGAAGGGUUUUUGGAGAAGUGCAAUGCUUUAUGUAUUCCAUUGAGUGGCAGAAGCGAGGACUCCCACAUGCCCACAUUUUGCUUUGGUUAAAAGAUAAAUUGCGACCUGACCAAAUCGAUAAAAUUAUAAGCGCUGAAAUACCAGAUCCUAACAAUGACAAGGCACUUUAUGAUAUUGUUAUGAAAAACAUGAUCCAUGGUCCAUGCGGGGCUGAAAACCCUCAGUGCCCGUGCAUGAAAGACCGUAAAUGUACAAAAAAAUUUCCUCGCAACCUACUGAAAGAGACUCUCCAUAAUGAGAACGGCUACCCGAUGUAUCGUAGAAGAGCACCAGAAGACGGAGGCCGGACGGCAUCUGUUAAACUCCGAAAUGGUAGUCAAGUUUCUGUCGACAAUAGUUGGGUAGUACCAUAUUCGCCUGUCCUAUUAAAAACUUUUAACGCCCAUAUAAAUGUAGAAGCUUGCGGUUCCGUACGUGCAAUCAAAUACAUCUGCAAAUAUAUUAAUAAAGGCAGCGAUCAAGCUAUUUUUAAUUUCAGAAGCUCAGAGUCCUCAAACCCAGUAGACGAAGUACAAACGUUUCAGUCUGGUCGCUAUGUCAGCAGCAACGAAGCUGUAUGGCGCCUGUUAGGGUUUCCUUUGCAUGAAAGGCAUCCUACUGUUACGCACCUCAGUGUGCAUCUAGAGAAUGGUGAACGAAUUUAUUUUAAUGAAAAUAAUUUUCACCAGCGAGUGACAACACCACCAAAAACCACUUUGACCGCCUUUUUUGACCUUUGCAGAUCAGAUGAAUUUGCAAAAACACUUUUGUACGUUCAAGUACCUCGGUAUUACACUUGGGAUGCAGGUAGAAAAUGUUGGAAACGCCGAAUUCAAGGAUCUGCUGUUCUGGAUUGGCCUGGCGUUAAAUCUGGGGAUGCAUUAGGACGGGUCUAUACUGUCCACGUUAGCAACAUUGAAUGCUUUUGUUUGAGACUACUGCUACACCACGUGCGUGGGCCAACUUCGUUCAAUGAUCUCAAGAACUACAACGGUCAAACGUUUGUUACCUUCCGAGAAGCCUGUGAAACUAGAGGAUUGUUAGAGAAUGACAAUCAUUGGGACUCGACAUUAGAAGAGGCUGCACAAUGUAGAUCAGCAGCUAAGGUGAGAGAUCUUUUUGCCAUUCUCAUAGCGACGUGUGGUCUUUCAAAUCCUCAGAUAUUAUGGGAAAAGUACCAAAAUGAUAUGUCUGACGAUAUUUUGCACAGACUACAACAAAAUAAUCCCAAUAUCACAUAUAAUGAUUUAGUAUAUAACGAGGCGCUAACUAAGAUUGAAGACCAAGUGAUGGCUAUAUCUGGGAAGACAUUAUCAGAUUUUGGAAUGAACCGGCCACAAAGAAUCGGAGAAGUCAGUGGUGAUUUAAUAAGAGAACUGGACUACAAUGUCUCUUCUUUACAGCAACAAAUAUCAGAGUCAGUUCCUCGAUUAAACACGGAACAAAAAUUAGUCUUUGAUAUUGUUGUGCAAAGAAUCUAUAAUGCCCAAAUUCGCAAAGACAAAGGAAUAGCUGUUGCUGUAGCUUCCUCUGGAAUUGCAUCGACGCUGCUCGAUGGUGGCCGCACGGCACAUUCAGUACUUAAACUCCCAUUAAAUUUACAUCAUGAGGAAAUUCCAGUGUGUAACAUCACAAAAAACAGCGAUCGUGGCCGAAUGCUACAGCAAUGCAAGCUGUUGGUGUGGGAUGAGUGCACAAUGUCGCAUAAAAAAGCGAUCGAGGCGCUCAAUCGGACUCUGAAAGAUAUCAGAAGUAACCCGAGUUUAAUGGGUGGGAUGGUAGUGCUGCUUGCUGGUGAUUUUCGACAGACACUACCUGUCAUUACUAGAGGCACUCCAGCAGAUGAGAUAAAUGCAUGUUUGAAAGCGUCUACAUUAUGGGUGCAUGUAAAAAAAUUUUGUCUCACUAAAAACAUGCGAGUACAACUACAUAAUGAUACGCAAUCGGGGCAAUAUGCAGCUGCUCUAUUGAAAAUCGGUGAAGGUCGAAUGACUACGGACGCUAACGGCAUGAUUACAUUAAAUCAAGAAUUUUGUAAUGCUGUCCAAAACUUGGAAGAUCUUAAAAACAACGUCUAUCCCGGUUUAGAAUAUAACAUGAGGAAUAGAGAAUGGCUGUGUGAAAGGGCAAUAUUAGCACCGACCAAUGAAAUCGUGGGAAAGAUCAAUGAAAGAAUGAUGUCACAUGUGCAAGGCGAUGUUGUCGAAUAUUUGUCAGUAGAUAUUGUCAUGGACAGUGAACAGGUGACGUCUUAUCCUACCGAGUUUCUAAACUCUUUAGAGCUGUCAGGAGUGCCGUCUCAUAAGCUGAGACUGAAAGUUGGGGUUCCAGUUUUAUUAAUGAGAAAUCUCGAAGCGCCGAGACUAUGCAACGGGACUCGAUUGCAAAUUACGCAGCUAGGACGCAAUAUUAUUAGAGCAAUUAUAAUGACAGGUAUAGCUAAAGAUGAAGAAGUUUUGAUUCCACGCAUACCCAUGAUCCCUACAGAUUUACCGUUUCAGUUUAAAAGAAUCCAGUUUCCCCUCAAACCAGCCUUCGCAAUGACCAUUAACAAAGCGCAAGGGCAAACACUUAAAGUAGCAGGUGUCCAUUUAGAGAAAAACUGUUUUUCGCAUGGCCAACUGUACGUGGCCUGCUCGCGAGUGUCGAGUCCAAACAAUCUCCACAUUUUAACAAAUGAUAACAAAACAGCAAACGUUGUGUACAAAAAUGUUUUAAAUUAGGUCAUUUAAAAAUAUUUUUGUACACAACGUGAGGCUGGCCCCUGUAAGAGUCUCUUAGACAUAAGGGACCAGGAUUGACAAAAACUAAUUUCACGCGGGCGAAGCCGCGGGCGGAAGCUAGUGAAG